AUGGCUGGGUUUGCGGGCACCGCACUGGACCUGGCGAAUCAGUUGGCCCAGGAAGAGGAGGCCCAGAACUGGGACAAGGCGGUUAUAGAAGUCACAUACACCUUGUCCGCCUCCAUCGCCGGUAUCGCCUACGGACCGCUCCUGAUCAACCCCCUUGCCCAUGCCUUCGGUCGAACCGCGAUCAUCUUCUGGUGUCUUCUCUUCGCCAUGGCAUGCGCCAUCUGGUCCGCCAACAUGACCGGCCGAGGCGACUAUGAACGCUUCGUGGCGUCUCGUCUGUUUGAUGGGAUUUUCGGAUCCAUCCCGUCCAUCCUCGGAGUCGGGUCUGUGUACGAGAUGUUCUUCCUGCAUGAGCGCGGCAAGGCCUACGCGGCCUUCCAUGUCUCCUUUCUUUUCGGCACCGUGGCUGGCCCGACCUUUGGAGGCUUCAUCGUGCAGCAUACCGAUUGGCCGUGGGGUAUUGUGCUUGUGCUAGCGUUAUGCUUCCUCGAAGACACCAGCUACCCACGCGACGGGACGGCAGGGCCGAGCCAGAAGCCUUCGUCCUUCUGGGCUAAUCGGAUGGCCACGUUGCUUCCACAUCCAACUGGAAUCGGUCGCUCUGAGUUGAGACGUAUCGCAUGGCUACCCUUCCGGAUCGGCCUCUCCCCCAUCGGCCUGAUGAUCGGUCUGUUCCAAUUCGCCUCCUUCGGCUGGUUCGUGGCGACCCACAGUCUCAUCACCGUCUGGCUCGAGAAGCCCGUGACCGUCGGCGGAUGGGGGUUUACCGCUCAGCGGAAUGCCUUCUUCAUCUUCUCCCUGUGGGCCGGUCUCCUCACCGCCGAACUCUGGGGCUACCUGUGCAACGACCGCAUCGCGCUUUGGGUCUGCCGCACCCGGAACAAAGGGGUCUGGAAGCCCGAGUGCCGGCUCCACACGCUCUGGAUCCCUUCUCUCGUCCUUCUCCCCAUCGGCCUGGGCAUCGUCGGCGCCGCCCUGCAGUACCACCUGCACUACAUGGUGCUGGCGCUGGGCGCCUACCUCAUCACGUUCGCCUCGAUGAGCUCCGUGCCUGUCGCGGUGACGUACGCAAUCGAGUGCGUCGCCGCGCAGCCCACCGAGGUGGCCGCCUUCAUGGGCGCCUAUCGCCUCUCCCUGGGGCUGGUGAUCCCCUUCUUCAUCGAUCAGUGGGUGGCGCGCGUGGGCUUCGGUUGGGUCUAUGGGAUGAUGGCCUUCUUUUCGAUCUUCGCUUUCACCAUUGUUGUGGGACUGAUGGGCUUCGGGGAACGACUGCGCGAGCGCACGCUGCGCGGCUUGGCUGCGCGGGAGAUUGGGAGGAAGAUUAUUGAUGAUUUGGACUAA